UGCCUCCCUCUGACGCCCGCCGCAGACGCUGGCCAACUGGCCCGGAGGUGGCUGAGUUCUGCGCGUUCCGAGAUUGCCUGCACCCCUCGCAUCUUGAGAAUUUGCGUUUCCGCCUGCCUCUUCCCGCUAGAACCGUGUCUUCUGCGGGUUAAGCUAACUGCCUACGUUUUGGAAUUGCCACCUCUCCGUGACCACCCCUGAAGGCUAAAUGGGGUAUGUCACCUGGCUGAGCCGGGAGCUUUUGGGUCCCGGGGAAGAAACCCUGGGGGCCAAGCUGACCCAGGCCGUUGCUAAGGCUGCUGUUAAGUAAACAAGCCCGCGGUUCCCAAGUCCUUCCAGGCGCACCGCCAGAGGGCAGCCCCUCGACGCCGCCCGCGGGCGCCCUGUGUUCAGACAACUCCUCUCCUCCCUCUUAGGGCACCUGGACCGCUAGCUGCGGGCCCGGGGCCUCCUAGGAUCCACCAGGGGCUGCAGCUCCAAGGGACGGCAUCCGCAACACCCCAUUCCCUCUGCCUGGCUGGGGACGGGGACUGGACUGAAUCCCGCAUCGCGGUUGACUCAGGGAAACCGCGCAGGACCUGCCCCGUUGGUCCCAAUGACACCCACAGUUCUCAGGCUCUGCCAAUCCCCAGGCCCGCGGGCAGACGCGCUCUGGGAGCCCCUGCCCCUCCCCGCAGCUCAGCGUCACGCGUGACGUCCCGCGUGUUGGCUGGGAGGGCGGCGGCGACGCGCGGAGAGAAAGGUCUGAGAGCUGCGGAAGCCGAGAGUCCUGCAGGGCGUGAGUGCUCGUGGUGCCUAGCGGGUUCGGGAGCUAAGCGCAGAAAAUGGGUGAACUGCCCUUAAAUAUCAAUAUCCAAGAGCCUCGCUGGGACCAAAGCACGUUCCUGGGCAGAGCCCGGCAUUUCUUCACUGUAACUGAUCCCCGGAAUCUCCUACUGUCCGGGGCACAGCUGGAAGCUUCCCGGAACAUCGUACAGAACUACAGGGCUGGCGUGCUCACUCCGGGGCUCACCGAAGACCAGCUGUGGAGGGCCAAGUAUGUGUACGACUCUGCUUUCCACCCAGACACAGGAGAGAAAGUGGUCCUGAUUGGUCGCAUGUCAGCCCAGGUCCCCAUGAACAUGACCAUCACUGGCUGCAUGCUCACCUUCUACAGGCAGACGCCAACUGUGGUAUUCUGGCAGUGGGUCAAUCAGUCCUUCAAUGCUGUUGUCAACUACUCCAACCGCAGUGGCGAUGCUCCCAUCACUGUGGGGCAGCUGGGAACAGCCUAUGUGAGCGCUACCACUGGGGCAGUAGCCACGGCUUUGGGACUCAAGUCCCUCACCAAGCACCUGCCUGCCUUGGUGGGCAGAUUCGUGCCUUUUGCGGCUGUGGCAGCUGCCAACUGCAUCAACAUCCCCCUGAUGAGGCAGAGGGAGCUGCAGGUGGGCAUCCCGGUAACUGAUGAGGCAGGGCAGAGGCUUGGGCACUCAGUGACUGCAGCCAAGCAGGGCAUCUUCCAAGUGGUGGUGUCGAGAAUUUGCAUGGCCAUCCCUGCCAUGGCCAUCCCCCCUGUGAUUAUGAACACUCUGGAAAAGAAAGACUUCCUGAAGCGUCGGUCCUGGCUGGGGGCGCCUCUGCAGGUGGGACUGGUGGGCUUCUGCCUGGUCUUCGCCACGCCCCUGUGCUGUGCCCUGUUUCCCCAGAGGAGCUCCAUACAAGUGAGCAGGCUGGAGCCGGAGCUGAGAGCUCAGAUCAGCGAGCAAGCGCCCAGCAUCCAAGUGGUUUACUACAACAAGGGGCUCUGAGGGCAGGGAUGGGGUCAGAGUGCCUCAUUCCUCACUGCCCCGGGCUACUGCUUCCCCAGCACCUUGCUAUCCCUGCCACUUGCCUAGCUGCCUAGUACAGGGUGGGAGGCCGGGGUGAGUGGGUUAGGGGAGCAGCCAGACACCAGCAACCCAUUAGGCUGGGGGAGGUGCUCACAAAAACCCCUUUGUCUCCUGUCUUGUUUCAGAGAGCCAGGCCCCACAGCUCCUCCUCCCCGUGCUUGUGUAUCCACAUCUAUAUCUGUGAUACAUGUAUGUGCUUGUGCACUUGGUCCUGGAAGCCAGCAGUAGGCAUCCUCUCCAGGGACCAAGGGCACCAAGAGGCCAAAGUUGAAUCCUUCAGGUUUCUGAGACUUGGCUCCCAAAGCUGACUCUGGAAAUGGGCUGGCAUAGGAAGCCACAUUGGGGUGAGGGAGGCAGGGGCACUCCCACACCUGGGGACAGCUCUGCAUGCCUCUUCUGUACUAGAGCAAAGUGGUGCCAGCAGCCUCUGCUGUCCUUGCUGUGUGGCAUCUUUAAGUGCCACCCGACAAGUCCUUGAUCUGCAUUGACUCCAUGACCAGCAAGUUGGAAUCCUGCAAUUCCAACCCUUUCUCCAACCCUGCAGGAAAAGUAUUUCCCUUGAAGAGCUGCCACCACACCCUCUCACAGAGGGACACAGCUGUGGGCAUGGUGCUCAAACCCCACAGCUAUCCAAGUGGAUGCAGCCAGGACACCCUCAUGGGUGUCCCAAGUGUGUAAGCCUAACAUGAAGUUUUGUGUCCCACUGACCUUUGUCAUAGGAUUAGUAGAGCCCUUGCCUUAGCUCCUUCUUUGUUGAGGUUUGGCCCUGUUCCUACCUCCACCUGCACCCCAGGAAAGAAGGGUCCAGGCAUCACAGGGUGGUCUAGGUGGAAGCCAGGCUUGGGGAGUAGAGACUGGGGUAAGUUUAGAGUUAAUUCUGGACUGCAACUCCCAUGACCACUGGCUAAAGUCAGGAGUUGGGGAAGAGGGCAACGGCAGGCCCCCCAGGAUCCUCUGGAGCACUUCCCAGGCAACCCCCACCUGGGACGACAGCUGUGAUGUCACUGGUUUUCAAUAAACUAAAUACCUGCCUUCA